AUGUAUCCCAGAAAUAUCCUUUCGUUUCUCUUGCUUUAUCUUUCUCUAAACAUAUCCCUUUCCAUCUCCCAAGAAACACCUACAUCAACAAACAAAAAAUUCAUCCACUCAAUCUCAAAAUCUGUCAACCAAUUCAAAAACGAACCAUUCACUGUUCUAAAUCAUGAAAAAAACGAUGUCUUUCUAAAUAUCAAUCCUGUUUGCAACUCAAUCUUACACAUUUCCUGCUUAAAUAAAUCAAAGAAAAACUACCGAAUAUGCUCUCCCAAUAACUCAAUCUGCAAAUGCUACUACAUCGGUUCUGUUCUAUCUGAAUGCUUGAAAUACUGUUCCACUUAUGAUCUAUCCUCCUACAAAUCAAUGAGACUGCAAUGUGAAAAGAAUCCCUUCCUACUAAAUUUCGAUUUAUCUUUAUCCUCAAUUAAAUACUCUCACCAUUUAUUACCUUCUCAUCCAAAUUUAAGCAAAAACUCCAACUCAAAUAACAUUGAUAAAAAGCUACUAAAGGAAAUCAAAUCCUUCAAAAAGACUUUCAACAUAAAGAACACAUCUCAUUAUCAAAAAACACCUGUAAAUAACAUUCCAAUUCAAGCUCAACCUUCAGACUUGGAUUUACAUGAUAUCCUCAUCACAAGCAACACCUCAAACCACCACGAUUUAAACAAAGUCUCCCCCUACAACAUCUUCAAUGAUGAUCAACAUAUCAUCUCAACUUAUUUCGAAGAAUUGCUAAAAUAUGAGAGAGGUCCUUUGAAAUCAUCUACCCAAAAUUCAGUCUCAAAUGAAAACUCUUUCUUAAGUUUAUUAGAAAAAUCAAAUUUCGAUUUCUAUCCUUUAAAUGAUCUUGAUUCAAUUGAUGAAAGUCAAUUAUACCAACAAAAAUUAAACCAUCUCAAAAAUAAUUUCCACAACUUUACUGAAUUCUCACACAAUUUAAAAGCAAAUUUAGAAAAAAUUGAAAACACUUCAGAAUCAGCAUCAAAGCAAUCUUAUACUAAAUCCACUGCGUUGUCUUAUAAUGAAAAUGUCUUGUUUCAAGAUUCCUUUACUGAUACUGUAAACGAAAACAAAAUUGACAAUAACAAUUAUUACUAUUCUUUGCUCAACAAAUCAAGUGUUACAAGUAAUGGCUUUAGACCAAUAAAUUCAUUCAAAGCUUUUCAAAAUAUUCUAAUGUUUCUUACAACUCUUUUAUUAGCCAUCUUACUUGGAUGCAUAUUAUUAUAA